AUGCAAUGUUCGACAUUAUCCGCCACUUCCCUUGACAACAAGCCGAAAAUUGGCAUCCGACAAGCACUAACGCAACAAAAACAACAACAACAAAAGCAACUCAGUUCGCCUGAAUCUGCCGGGCAGACCCCAACCUCCACAUUGUCUUCGUCGCCAUCGUCGUCAUCAUCCGCCUCCCCACAAAAUAACAACGCCUCUUCCGUGAAAACGGCUCCUCCCACAGAAACAAAUGCUAGCACAUCCAUUGUCACAACUUACACUAAUUCUUCAUCGGGUGGAAACGUCCAAACGGCGGUUCCCCAACAACCGUCACAGCUACCUAUGCCGCUCUCACAGACGAGGGUGAUGCACUCUUCCCAACCGACACCGCAGCAACUGCAUCUCACUCAACCGCCCCAACCCCCGCAGUCACAACAGCAUCAUCACCACCAACAACAACAACAACGCUCACUUCAAAUAAAUAACACAAACUCCAGCACUACGUCCUCGCAUUCAACACCCCACCACCCAUCCCAUCAUCACCAGCCACCCCCGCCGCAACAGCCCCACCACUCAUCCGAGUGGAUGCUACAAGGACUCGUAUCAGCCUCUGGCCCCCAUCAGAUGACAAACAGCUCGGAACGUACCUGGAUGGCAUCACCGGAGUUUACCAACACGCCAGGGGCGGCGUCGGUGGGGUCAGCCAGUCUAGGAGGGUCAAUCAGUGGGUCGCAGGGUGUUGUCGUAUCAUCUAGUUCUGCCAGUAGUACGAAUAAGCCCUACUCGGUACCCCCAGGUAGCCGAGGUCGUCGCUCUGAACAUUCGCACACACCGCGUCCCAUGAAUGCAUUCAUGGUGUGGGCCAAGAAAGAACGAAAGAAACUUGCUGAUGAAAACCCUGACGUGCAUAAUGCGGACUUGAGCAAAAUGUUAGUCGGUACAUAUCUGUCUCUUACUUCAUAUCUAUCUAUCUAUCUAUCUAUCUAUCUAUCUAUCUAUCUAUCUAUCUAUCUCUUAGUCUGCUCAUAUCUAUCUAUCUAUCUAUCUAUCUAUCUAUCUAUCUAUCUAUAUAUCUAUCUCUUAGUCUGCUCAUAUCUAUCUAUCUAUCUAUCUAUCUAUCUAUCUCUUAUCUGCUCAUAUCUAUCUAUCUAUCUACCUAUCUAUCUAUCUAUCUAUCUAUCUAUCUAUCUCUUAUCUGCUCAUAUCUAUCUAUCUAUCUUAGUCUACAUCUAUCAUCUAUCUGCUAUCUAUAUCUAUCUAUCUUAUCUAUAUCUAUCUAUCUAUCUAUCUAUCUAUCUAUCUAUCUAUUAUUCUUCUCAUAUUUAUCUAUCUUUACCUAUCUAUGUAUCUAUCUACCUCUUAGUCUGCUCAUAUCUAUCUAUCUAUCUAUCUAUCUAUCUAUCUAUCUAUCUAUUAUUCUUCUCAUAUCUAUCUAUCUUUACCUAUCUAUGUAUCUAUCUAUCUCUUAUUCUAUCUAUCUAUCUAUCUAUCUAUCUAUCUAUCUAUCAUUUAACAUUGCCUCUUUUCACCUUUUUUCUUUCUCUUUAUUUCUGUUGCAUAAUUCAUGUUUCUUUCAUUUUUUUUUCCCAUUUCAUGAUUGUUCCUUUUCCUUCUUUUUGUCUUCUCUCUAUUUUCUUUCCUGUUUUCUCGUUUUUCGCGUUCCGCUUAUACCCUAUUUUUUUCUGUCCUAUUGUCUUCUCUCUCUUUCUUUCUGGACCCCUUGUCUCCUCUCUUUUUCCUAUUCUAUUGUCCUCUUUCUUUUUCAUGUCCCCUUGUCGUCUCUCUUUCUUUACUGUCCCCUUGUCUUCUCUCUUUCUUUCCUUUGCCAUUCUUAUCUCUCUCUUUUUCCUGCCGCUUGAUUUAUCUCUCUUUUUUUUCCCCCGUUUCCAUUUGAUCUCUCUCUUUUUCCUGUUCCCCUGUCUUCGCUCUCUCUCUUUUCCUGUCGCCUUGUCUCCCCUCUCUCUUUUCAUGUCGCUCUGUCUUUUCUCAUUUUCACUGUUUCCUGUUCCUUUGUUUAUAUCUCACUUUCUCUUUUUUCUGUUCUCGUCUUUUCUCUCUCUUUCUUUUUUCUGUCGCCUUUGUCUUCUCUUUCUCUCUUCCCUGUCCCCUUGUCUUUUCUCUCUCUUUUUCCUGUCCCUUUGUCAUCUACCCCAAAAUUCACUUGUGCCAACCCCAUUGAAGUUACACCCAGAGCAGUUAGCAAUUGAUGACAGGAAGAGCUAUCUAUCUAUCACUUUCUAUUUGUACUUCUCUCUCUCCUUGUAUUUCUCUUCCUCUCUCUUCGCUCUCUCUGUACUUGUCUCUCUCUUUCUCUCUACAUAUGUUUUUCUCUGUACUUGUCUCCUUAUAUAUAUCUGUAGUUCUCUCUUUCUCUCUCUCUUUCGCUCGUUGUACUUGUCUCUCUCCGUCUCCUUGUACGUGUCUCAUCUUUGUCUCUGUAUAUGUGUACUUCGAUUUCUCACUCUCUCCAUUUGUACUAGGAUCUCUCUCUCUCUCUCUCUCUCUCUUUGUACUUGGAUUUCUCUCUCUCUCUUUGCACUUGGAUUUCUCUCUCUCUCGUUCUCCCUCUCUGUACUUGGAUUUCACUCUCUGUGUACUUGUGUUCUUGGCUCUCUCUCUCUCUCUCUAGCUUUCUGUACUUCACUUUCUCUCUCUGUUUUUUUCUCUCUCACUCUCUUUGUACUUGAAUUUCCUUUUCUCUCUUUGUACUUGAAUUUCCUUCUCUCUCACUGUACUUGGAUUUACUUCUCUCUCUCUCUCUCACUCUCGCUUUCUUUGUACUUGAUUUUAUCUCUGUACUUGAAUUGA